AUGAAACCUGAUCUCCCGAAUACUGAACAAUAUUCAGUAUACGAUUUACAACUAUUGACAUCACCUCGGGGUCUCCUUUCCGCAGGUGACAGCAUGAGCUCCCCUGGCGUGACUCCCGAGCUGGACAUGAAGGACGUGGAGCUGAACGAGAUGGACCCCGAAAAGCAGCCCAUGAACGCCUCUUCGCCCCUGGCCGGCUCUCCGGGCAGCCUGGGCGAGAAGAACGGGGUGGUGAAGGUGAAGAUGGAGGAGGAGGAAGAGGAGGCCGAGAUGGCGGCCAAAUUCACCGGCUUGACCAAGGAGCAGCUGCUCCAGGUGGCCGGCACCCCCGGCUGGGUCCGGACCCGCUGGGCCCUGCUGGUCCUCUUCUGGCUGGGCUGGCUGGGCAUGCUGGCGGGGGCCAUCGCCAUCAUUGUCCAGGCCCCCCGCUGCAAAGACCUGCCCAAGCAGGACUGGUGGCAGAAAGGAGGGAUCUACCGGAUCCUGCAGGUGGAAGGCUUCCAAGAUUCGGGCAGCGACGGCACAGGCGACCUGGCAGGGGUGAAAGAGAGGAUGAGCUAUUUAAGCAAGCUGAAAGUGAAAGGUUUUGUCAUCGGCCCUCUGCACGUGAACCCCGAGGAUCAGCCCUACAGCACCAACCUCCAAGACGUGGACCCAAAACUGGGCACCUUGCAGGACUUCAGAGAUGUUGUGCAGGCCGCGAAGAAGAAAAGUUUAAAGGUUAUCUUGGACCUGACGCCUAACUAUCGUGGCCAGUUACCCUGGUUUAGCCAAGAUGUGUGGCUUAAGGGUGAUUUCCAGAAUAAAAUGAAAGAAGCCAUCCAGUUUUGGCUGAGGGAAGGAGUGUCUGGGAUCCAAAUCGGAAGUGUGGAGCAUUUAAACGAUUCCCAACUCUUGAGCGAGUGGAAGAACUUAACGGAACAAGAGAACAUUGAUGAUCAGGCCAGGGUCCUGAUUGCCACGACUGAUCUUAGAGACCCUCGAGAGGUUUUCUCGCUUCUGAACGAAACCUCCGGGGUGGACCUGCUCACCAGCCAGUACCUUCAUGAGCUGUUGAGACCUGAUCAGGACGACACCACCCUGGGACACACUGCCCAGAAACUGAUCCUAGAUUAUAUCCAAGAAGCUGGAAGCCGAUGGCCCGGCUGGAGCAUCGGUAGAUCCGAUUUUGGACAUUUGGCCCAAUCUAUGGGGGAGCAGCUGCUUCGCCUCCACCAUCUACUCCUUUACACCCUGCCCGGGACCCCCUUCACAGAUUACGGAGAUGAAAUUGGCCUGCGGGACACUUUGGGGCAGCCUGCAUCCUCCAACAUCACACACAUGCAGUGGGACAACACGGCGAAUUACGGAUUCUCACGAGGGCCGCAGCAGGUGGCUGAACCCGAGGCCAGCAACGUCACUGUGCAGGUCCAGCAGGGCCACAAGGGGUCCAUCCUGAGCUCCUUCCAAGAACUGAGCGAGCUUCGAACGAAGGAACGCUCCCUUCUGCACGGCGACUUCGACCUGGUGCAAAGCUCUAACCCAGCGGUCUUCUCCUACCUUCGGAUCUGGGACCAGAACAAGCGAUUCCUGGUGGUGCUCAACUUCGCCUACCAGGAGAUCUCGGUCUCCCUCCUUCACUCCCAUCUCCCAGCCCAAGUGGAGGUGGAGCUCAGCACCCAUGCCGGCCGGGAGGAGAAGCAGCUGGAUUUUCAGAACCUCAAGCUCCUUCCCUCGGAAGGCCUUCUCCUCAGCUUCCCCUACGUGGCCUAGUUGGUCUUUCUUCCCGGCACAGUCUGGCCCAUCUUCAGAAAGAAGUUCCUCUAAAAGAAGACACUCCAGCCAAGGGUGGCUUCAGAUGCCUCUCCUGAACUUACUAACCUCCUUCUUCUGUAUUGUCCCACCUGUCUCUGUUACCCCAUAGCUCAGCCUUUCUAGACCCCAGAUUCCGGUUCCCACAACCAGCUGGUCGGAAGAAAGUCUAGGUGGUUCCUAACCACACGUAGAGGCUGAAGUGGGCCGAGGUCACCUCUGUUCCCUCAACAUUCCAGGAUACUGCCAAUAUUUUUCCCUAAAAUUUGAUAUUAGCAGGUCAACACACCAUCUUGGAGACAGAGGGAGAUGUGAACCUCCAUUCUCUCGGGCUGGAGGUGAUGGGCUUCCAUGAAACGAUGGACUACUCAACUUAAGAUGGGUG